AUGUCUUGUUGGCUCUGGGUGGCAUGGGUAGCGGCCCUCGGCAGCCGGGCGCUGGCGGGAGGGAUGCUCUACCCCCAGGAGACCCCGAGCCGGGAGCGCAAGGACCUCAGCGGCCUCUGGGACUUCCGAGCUGACUUCUCUGCGGACAGGAACCAGGGCUUUCGGGAGCGGUGGUACCAGAGACCCCUGCGGGAGACGGGCCCUGUCCUGGACAUGCCAGUCCCUGCCAGCUUUAACGACGUGGGCCAGGAUGGCAAACUUCAGAACUUCAUCGGCUGGGUGUGGUAUGAGCGGCAAGUGUUGGUGCCUCAGAGCUGGGCCCAGGACCCAGGCACCAGAGUGAUGCUAAGAAUUGGCAGUGCCCACUACUACGCAAUUGUGUGGGUGAAUGGGGUCCACGUGGCCGAGCACGAGGGUGGCCACCUCCCCUUCGAAGCCGACAUCAGCAGGUUGGUGCGAUCCGAUCCCGGGGAAUCGUGUCGAAUCACCAUUGCCAUCAACAACACCCUGACCCCCCACACGCUGCCCCCAGGCGAGAUCCAGUAUGAGACCGACAGAUCCCGGUAUCCCAAGAACUACUUUAUUCAAUUAAUCCAUUUUGACUUCUUCAACUAUGCUGGGCUUCACCGUCCCGUCUUUCUCUACACCACCCCCGUCUCCUACAUUGAGGACAUCACUGUCACCACCGAGGUGGCCCAGAGCACAGGGCUGGUGAACUACGAGAUUGUUGUACACGGCAGCGAGAACUUUGAGUUGGAAGUCUUGCUCUGGGACAAGGAAGGGAGAGUGGUGGCCAAGGGGACGGGGGUCCGGGGCCAACUGGAAGUACCCAGCGCCCAGCUCUGGUGGCCCUAUCUGAUGCAUGAGCAGCCCGCCUACCUGUACUCCCUGGAGGUGACUCUGGUGGUCCAGACGGGAGCCGGGACCGUGUCCGACCUCUACAGCCUCCCUGUGGGCAUCCGCACCGUGAAGGUCACGCACAGCCAGUUCCUUAUCAAUGGGAAGCCCUUCUAUUUCCAUGGGGUCAACAAGCACGAGGACUCUGACAUCCGUGGGAAAGGAUUCGACUGGGCUUUGCUGGUGAAGGAUUUCAACCUGCUCCGAUGGCUGGGGGCAAACUCCUUCCGUACAAGCCACUACCCCUAUGCCGAGGAGGUGAUGCAGCUCUGUGACCGAUACGGGAUAGUGGUCAUCGACGAGGCGCCCGGCGUGGGGAUUGUGCUGAGGGAGAGCUUUGGGAAUAUCUCUCUGAAUCACCAUCUACAGGUGAUGGAGGAGCUAGUCCAGAGGGAUAAGAAUCACCCAUCUGUGGUCAUGUGGUCUGUGGCCAAUGAGCCUGCUUCCUGGUUGCCACCUGCUGCCUUCUAUUUCAAGACCCUGAUUGCCCACACCAAAGCCUUGGACCCCACCCGGCCUGUAACCUUUGUGUCUAACUCCAAGCCGGAAACAGAUAAUGGGGCUCCAUACGUGGAUGUGAUCUGUAUAAACAAUUAUUAUUCCUGGUACCAUGAUUCUGGGCACCUUGAAGUGAUUCAGCUGCAGGCUAGCACUACAUUUGACAACUGGAAUAAAUUAUACCAGAAACCGAUUAUCCAAAGUGAGUACGGAGCGGACAGCAUCCCCGGGUUUCACCAGGACCCUCCUAAAAUGUUUAGUGAAGAAUACCAAAAAGUCGUGCUGCAGCAGUAUCAUUUGGCUCUGGACCAAAAGCGCAAAGACUACGUGAUUGGGGAGCUCAUUUGGAAUUUCGCCGACUUCAUGACGGACCAAUCAACAACGAGAGUAAUGGGGAACAAGAAGGGAAUCUUCACCCGGCAGCGCCAACCCAAAGGUUCAGCAUUCCUUCUGAGAGAAAGAUACUGGAGAAUUGCCAAUGAAACCAGGCACCCUCAUUUAGCCAUGAUUACACAGUGUGUGGAAAACCAGCUUUUUUAUUCCUUUAACUAAGGAUAAGGACUGUUUCCACGGACCAGGGAAGAAACCUACCAAGACUAUGUGUGACGACUAUUUGAUUUGCCCGGGAGGAUGGGAUAGAGGAGCUGCAGGACUUUUUGGCAAUGUUCUGCAAGAUGAGAUACUGUCAAAUAUGAAAUGAGACCUUUUUCCAGAAGAAGAAUGCAAGUUUUAAGAAUUGGCUUUUCAUAUGUGGGAGGACCUACAUGAAAAAAUAUGCCAGAAAAGAAUUUGAAACUAUUUUGACAGAUAAACCUGCCUUGACUCCCUUGUUCAAUCAGCCUCUUUAAAUCUGAGUGUUUUAAUGACUACACAAUAAAUCAUAAUGAAAUGGUUACAAAGUUGUUUGCUUUCCCAACAAUGGCCCUGUACUAACAAGCACAGUCUAGUCCCUUAACACAGAGGCAGUAGUGCCUUUUCUUCCACCUGGAACAGCACCAGAACAGCUAGGAUGAAGUGAGAAUCACAAAGUAACACAGAGGAGACAA